AUGGUCCGCAAACUCAAGCACCACGAGCAGAAACUGCUCCGCAAAGUAAACCUAACAACCUACAAAUCCGACCACGCCCACCGCGAGCACGAAGUCUCGCAGCGCUACUACCUGCAAAACCCACUCGACUACAAAAAAUACUCAUCGAUCGUGGGAUCGCUCCGUCAACUCGCACACAAGCUCUCAGCUCUGGACCCUGAUUCAGACCCCGUCAGACAGAAGACCGAAUCCGAGGUCCUGGAUAAGUUAUGGCGUAUGGGCAUCUUGAAGCAAUCGAGAGAACAGGGGGCUGGUCUGUCGAGGAUUGAGAAGGAGGUUACGGUUAGUGCGUUUUGUAGAAGACGGCUGGCGGUUGUUAUGGCGAGGAGUGGGAUGGUGGAGAAUAUCAAGACGGCAGUUACAUCCAUCGAGCAGGGCCAUGUGCGUGUUGGGUCCGAGGUUGUGACAGACCCGGCAUACCUUGUUACGAGAAACAUGGAGGAUUUCGUGACGUGGGUGGACUCGAGUAAGAUCAAGCGGAAUAUUAUGCAAUACCGGGAGAACUUGGACGACUUUGAUCUUAUGUAG